AUGGGAAAUUAAAACUUGGCAAAGUGCUGCUCUAAUGAGGCUUAGCAAGAAAUAGUCACCUCUCUUCAAAAUAACUCCACUACAGUACCCUAAGUAAUGGGCCAAAAGGUAAAGACCCAAGAAUACUUGGAGAAGCUCAUUUAGAAAAGCCGAAAAGAAAGAAACAAGGCUAGCUAAAAAAAGUUGAACGGGCACAUGAAGCUAGAGAUCAUAGAAUCUCAAAGACAGGAUCAUAGCAUCACUAGCAUCAGACAAACACAAUUGCUUGAAAACAAAAUUAAAAUUCCCGAUGAUAAUUUUUUGAGCAUGAACAUAAAUCAUCCAGGCAAAUUGAAAAUAAUGAAGUUUAACUCGGAUAAUAAGAAUUGCCAAAAGGACGAUGUGAUGAAAUUAGGGAUAAGAAAUUAUGUAUAUUUGCAGAAACUCGGUUGUACUAACCAUUAUAUAUAAGUUUCUGGUUGUAUAACGGAUAAGCAAAACUCAAAAUCUAAUAAUAUCUUUGAAUGCCUGAUAAAGCAAAAAGAAACUCCUACUGAGUACCAGAUUGCUGUUUUAAUGAAAGAAUUAUUACUGUCUAUAUAAUAUUGCCACACAAAGCAAGUUUCACAUAAGGAAAUCUAGCCAUUCAACAUAGAAUGCCUCGAUGAUUUAUCAGACACAAUGAGUUAGAAUUAAUAUUUUAUGGCGCCUGAGAGAAUUACUGGAAACUUAGAUGUUGAAAGUAGCAAUAAUAAGAGAAGUGAUAUCUGGAGUGCUGGAGUUAUCCUUUAUAUAUUGAUAUGCGGGAGGCCUCCUUUUGAAGCUCGAACUAGCGAAGAAUUGCUAGAAAAGAUAUACAAGUCAGAGUUCAACUUUCAUGGAAAGGAAUGGGAUCAAAUGGCAGACGCCAAAAAUCUCAUUUAUGAGAUGUUACAACAUGAUCCUAUUGAGAGAAUAGAUGCUAUAGAUGCUAUCAAUCAUGACUUCUUCAAUAACAUCCUCUAUAAUGAAUCUGUGUAAAAUAACUUUAGAGCCAAGCGCAACCCAAAUAUCAUUCAUUUUUUGGAAUUUUUUUAUCGCUAAAUCUAGCUGAAAGAUCAAAUUUAAAACUUUGUAAAUUUCAUGAAAUAGAUUCCAGAUAUCAAAAAAUCCUUUGAUAAAAUUUUCAAUGGAGCUUAAAAUUUAUUGCAGGUCAGAAAUGGCUUUUCAUAUGUAACUGGGGAUAUAAUUUUAGCGGAAAAUUUGAUUAAAGAAAUCUUACCAUAAGGAUUUGGGGAUGAAUCUCAUAAUGAUCCAUCAUUAAAGAUAACUGUAGAUAAUCUACAAAUGUACUAUAUAGAAUUCUAUUAGCAUUAGCUUGAACUCUAGUUGCAUGAGCCACUAUCUUAUUUUGAAAAAGUAAAUUUCACAUUCAACUCCUGCUUUAAGUGA